GGCUAGCAUUGGAACACUGCAAGGAAACGAGCGUACGAUAAUUCCAAUAAAUAAGUAUCGCGCAAACAUUGGGUUGUUGUCAUCAAGCUUUUUCACUUUCUAAAUUCCGAGUUCCAUUCAUCACAAAUCCCACCUUGUUCGUGCACCACUGAAGCCCUAAAAAACACCACCACAAUGCCUGCUAUUCGCUUCAACUUCAAUGUCGCCUACUCCGAGCCCGUCAACCGUCUCGGAGACGAGCCCGUUCUCAGUAUGGAGGACGUCUGGCAUGCGCUUGCGUAUGGUUGCCGCCGCCCUGAGGAUAUGGCCGAAUACGUCGCCAGCUCCGAGAUCACAGAAGACGAUGGGCUCAGGUUCCAUCGCCGACUGAUCCUCGGCGGUGGUGCUGUGCACACGGCCGCGGGCGAGACGAUUGAACAAGACGUCAUUCUGCGCCCUAUGCUUAAUGUUGAAGCAACGACGACUGCUUCCGGGGCCACGACAAUCUUCGCAAUUUCCCAGGGCACUUCCGACCCGCCGAACCCCGAGAGACCUGAGAUUUUCUUGACGGGUGCGUACGAGUUGUGGAUGGAUGGGGUGGAGGAAGGGAGCAAGGAGGCCACAGACGUGAGAGUCAAAUACGGAGCACUGGCGAAGGGAGCUACUCAGGAUGGCGUCAAGACCUUUAGACGGUGGAAGGUGGAGGGAAAAUUGGAUGAGUGGGCGAAGCUCCAGAAAAGUCCCUGAUUAGGUUGUUGUGACGAAAUUGUUAAGUGUAGCUUGUUUUUCAGUUGGACCAUGAUGCAAAGUACUAGAAGGCUUCGAUUGUACACUGGUCUCUCAUCAAAAAUAUAUCUGCGUACUUCUUC